GUGAUGUCAGCGGUGGCAGUGCUGGUGUAAUUGACUCGGUAGGGGUGAUGGCGUCAUUUUAUGCCCCGCCGUAGCCUCCUGCUUCAAUAGCGAAGGUGGAGACGGAGCUUUAGCCGACGCGACCGUGGCUCCCUUGGCCCGGAUCGAGCACCGCCGAGCCGGACACCUCACCACGGGAAACAUGGAGGCUGCGGCCGAGGAGCUGCUGGCCGGCUCUCGGCUACCUGUCACUAUCGAUCAAAUCGUUAACGAUACGCUACUGGUGACGCUGACCUAUCGAGAUAGGAGCUAUACGGGGAUAUUACUUGACUGCAACAAAAAGACCGGGCUCUUCUGUUUACCAGAUUUCACAACAAAACCAGUUAACUUCGCAGUAUCUAAAGAAACUUGUGAAAUACCAGAAGUUCAGGGUGAGGAGCAAGAUUCCAAAUCUCCCAGCCAGGCAUCACAAAGACCAAAGGAUGAAAAUACUCUCCCCGAAAGCAGUAUACCUACUGCGCCUCCACUUUGUCCAGUUCCCACACCAGUGCCAGCUGGGCAGAUGUCCUACCCUCCUUAUUUUGAAGGAGCCCCUUUCCCCCAUCCUUUAUGGGUACGCCAUAGCUACAGCCAAUGGGUACCACAACCCCCUCCCCGACCCAUAAAGAGGAAGAAGAGGCGGACACGAGAGCCCGGCCGCAUGACGAUGAGUACUAUCCGUCUGCGGCCACGGCAGGUACUUUGUGAAAAGUGCAAAAACACCUUGAAUAGUGAUGAGGACAGCAAAGAUGGCUUGAACAAUACAAAGAACUCUAGAAAAGAGAAUACACUACAUAGUGACGAUGAUGGUGGUGAUAAAGAUGCACCUAAUAAACUCUCGAAGAAAAAUGAUGUAGUUUCAGCCAAGGACAAUAAGAGACGGGAAAAUGGCACCAGCAUUGACAGCAAGCGGCUCAGGAAAGACAAAAGAAGUGAAGCUGAAGGGGAUAAGUUCCCUGGAGGUGAUGUUAUCCCCCACAGUCCAGUCAUAAAAAUUUCAUACAGCACUCCACAAGGCAAGGGAGAGGUCAUGAAGAUUCCUUCGCGAGUCCACGGUUCAGUAAAACCAUUCUGUCCCAAGCAGCUAGCGCAUAAUGGCUUGGGAGACAAUGGCAAGAUAUCUUCUAAUCCUACCAAGGAGCAAAGACACAUUUUAGACGCUCGACGUUCUGGUCUCACAGUAUCCAUUCCCAAACUCAAACUGACAAGGCCGUUCACUACAGUGUGUCAGGAUUUACCAUCUCCAAAUAUCCGCUUGAGACACCCACAGAGAAAGCAUGAUGAGAGCAUGGUUGAGUACGAGGCGGAACUUGUAGGAGAUGCCAGAAGACGAAGUCCAAGGGCACCAGGACCCUGCCUCACCCACUCUGAGGACUCGGGGGAAGGCAAGAACUCUCUGGAGUUGUGGUCAGGGAGUUCUGGAGAGGAAGCAGAGCGCGGCCACAAUGACCUAACCCUUCUCAUCAAUUUCCGUAAGCGAAAAGCAGAUUCCUCUAGCCUGUCAGUUUGCAGCAGUGACAGCCUAGAUGAGUCCAAGUCCUUCAGCUCUGAUGGCACGUCACCAGAGCUCUGCGAUUUGGCUCCUGGUGAAGACCUCUCCGUAACCUCAUCUUCAAUACCUUCACGGGACGAUUGCAAGACAGUGCCCCCGCUCACUGUGCGGCUUCACACUCGCAGCAUGACAAAAUGUGUGACUGAAGAAGGUCACGCUGUGGCAGUGGGAGAUAUUGUGUGGGGAAAAAUCCAUGGCUUCCCCUGGUGGCCCGCACGUGUCCUCAGUAUCAGCGGCACCCGCAAAGAGGAGACUGCCACAUGCGAGGCCCAGUGGCCCCAGGCAAAGGUGGCAUGGUUUGGUUCCCCUACCACAUCCCAGCUCUCUGUUGCCAAACUUUCACCAUUCAGAGAGCUCUUCAGGUCUCGUUUCAACCGCAAAAAGAAAGGGAUGUACCGGAGAGCCAUCUUGGAGGCAGCCAAAGCUGUUGGACACAUGAGCCCAGAGAUUACAUCUCUACUUUCUCACUGCGACACAUAGGAGGCUGUAUGCUGAAGGGAUGUCUCCGAGUUUUUUUUUUUGUGAAUUCUCAGACCCUGUCAUCAAGACCCAGAAGGGAGUAUGUGCGGUUGUCUCGGCGACUAUUUAUAUGCUGUUCCCCCCACCCCCUUCUUCUUUCGUUUCUUUUUCACAAGACUGUUGUAAAAUGGCUGCCUAGGUGGAGGGAUGUUUAGGACAUGGGAGCAAAAAAAAAAAGCCAUGCACCUCAUGGUCUGGUGGGACUAUUCCUCGUUUUUUUUUUUUUUUUCUACAAUCAUAUUUCGAUACAACCGAACAACGAGCGACAUAACAAGAACCAGAAUGUAUUUAUUAUAUUUUCAAAAUCCAUCUUUUUAUCUGGAAAAAUAUCCCAGUGUGCUGCUGUCAUGUCUAAAAUGCGAGCCGUCGCCCAUCCACCGUUUGUACAAGGACAUUUGACGUAACGGUUCAAAAAGUCUUACCCUUUUGUUUAACAUCUACAAAAUGUGAACAGCUCCAUCAGAUGACAGUAACUGUUCCUACUCUUGAGUGACCAGUGUUCUAUCCGACAUACCUAGAUUAGUGCAUGUUUAUACUGAUCGUCAUCCUUCGUAUAUCACCCUUACAUUUCAUUUUGAACUUUAGAUAUGUCCACUCCUCCUCCUUUUCCUUGUUUUCCAUCACUUGUAAUUAUUUAAACCAUUAAGGAAAAAAAGCACUUUAUCUGUACCUUGGUGGCCUGCUGUAAGCUCACUGUCUGAAACACUAUUGUGAGAUACAGCCCUGAUAGGCAGCAGGGGCGUUAGGAAAUAUUUGUGGUUGACUAUCCAUGGCCUUGGCGAUAGGGGGGGCGGGGGGGAAAUAUUUUUAUUUUAGUCAUGUCUACAAGUCUUUCCUGUUUUGAAUCAUUGUGUACACUGUAUAUGUCCGCUCAUCUACCACACACACACACACACACACACACACACACACACUACAAAAGUACCACGUGACAUUUUCACUGGACAGAAAUGGGUAUAAUGUGUCAACACUCCCUAUGCAGUAUCAGUUGAAGCUUUAUGAUUGACUUUGGAAGGAAUAAAAUAACAUGCUGUAAGAAUACUGUGAAUUCAACUGCUAGUGUUGAAAGCAGCACUGUUUGAAUAAGGGAGGGGGCAGAUUAAAGCAGUGACGGCUGCUGUUAAAGCACAGUCAAAAAACUGCACCCAGUCCUUCUAAUUUCCGCUUGGCUCAAAACGCUUAGCUGUGAUCAAGGCAGAAAAAUAGCUCAUUGAUUGCCAACGAGGGAA